GCGCGCUGGGAGGCGCGGCUGCGUGCCGCACGCGACCUGCUGCGGGCAGCGCACCGCGCGCAACGCAGAUGGUUAUACUUAGAACCGAUACUGAGUAACGACGACGGCGAGUUGGGUGCGAGAUUCCGAAAGGUUGACCAGGGCUUCCGCCAAGUGGCGCGCAUUCUUGAUUCUGACCCUCGGCUAUCCGGCUUGCUGCAGUCCGCGAGGCUCCAACCUACGUUAGACUCCAUAUCGGAACAACUUAACGCUUGUCAGUCUGCUUUAAAUCAGUACAUUGAUGAGAAACGGUCGGUUUUUCCUAGACUAUAUUUCUUAAGCGAUGAUGAUCUACUGGAGUUGUUGGGGCAGGCGAGAGCCGGUGCAGAAGGGAGAGAGGCUGUCAUGCAGUCGCACCUAAAAAAACUCUUCCCCGGUAUAACAGGCGUCAAACUGGGACCUUCAGGGUUGUCUAUCACUGCACUAUGCAGCCAUUACGGAGAGACCUUCCAACUGGAUCAUCCAGUCGAUAUAGAUUCCCCUGUAGAAGUGUGGUUAAAAAACCUGGAAAGCGAGAUUCGUUCGUCCCUACAAAACUUGACGCUAAACUGCUUAGUGACGGAAAGUACCCACGCACAGGAUCCCUUCUCUUUGCCGACGCAGAUACUUUGUUUAGUGCAAAACAUACGUUUCACUGAACAAGCGGAAAAGGCAAUCACCACAAAAGAACUGCACAAAUUGAUAACUAGCGUAGAAAAAGAGAACGCGACUUACGCAGCAGCGGAGAUUGAAGAUGAGAGUGAGAAAGAGAAGCGACAAGCUGUGAUACUGCAGUGUACCCACUAUAUGUCCGUAGUGCGGACUCUCAUAGACAAUAAUAUAACUUCCAUAAAUGAUUGGCUAUGGCAGAAACAACUCAGAUUUUACUUACGAAAUACAAAAGAAAUAUUUGCCGAAAUGGGACUGGCUAAAAUAUCAUACUCGUACGAGUAUCUCGGCGUAAACACUGGCCAGUUUGUACGCACACAACUUGCUGACGAGUGCUUUUUAAUAUUAACUCAGGCGUCGUAUCUGGGAUCAAUGGGUAACCCAUUCGGGCCGGCUGGUACUGGGAAAACAGAAUCCGUGAAGGCGCUCGGGGGCCUUGUGGGACGUCUCGUGCUUGUAUUCAAUUGUGACGAGGCGAUGGAUGCGGAGUGUAUGGGUCGUCUAUUGACCGGUCUGGCUCUGACUGGUGCGUGGGGCUGCUUCGACGAGUUCAAUCGCUUGUCUGGUGACACGCUGGCCGCCGUGUCCCACCAGCUCACCUCGCUCCUGGCCGCUAUGCAGAAAGACACUAGCGCCGGCGACGACGCACACGCACUGCUCAAUGGAAAACACGUGAAAGUAUCAUCGUGGUGCGGGGUGGCGGCGACCAUGAACCCGUGUGGGCGAGGGUAUGGCGGGCGGCGCGCGCUGCCGGCGGCGUUGUGUCGUGUGCUGCGCCCCGUCAGCAUGGCGCAGCCCCGUGGGGACCACCUCGCCGCGCCCCUGCUCGCCGCACACUGCCUCGCAGAUCCGCACGCUCGCGCACAGGACCUGCACGACGUAUUCACUAUGGCGAGCAUGUUGCUGAGCGGGCAGCGUCACUACGACUGGGGGCUGCGCGCGCUGAAGGCGGCGGUGGGCAGCUGCGGCGCCGCCUUGAGCACGCUGCGCCACGCCCCCGAGCCCCGCCAGCGUGCCGCACUGCGCCGCCUCUUGAGACUCAACAACAUCUCUAAACUUACCACCCACGACGCACAAAGAUUUGAAAACAUUUUGUCCAUGGUAUUUGCCGGCGUGCCGGAAGAGGAGACGACUGUUGAUCCAAUAGUUGACGCAUUAAACUCCGCUGUGAGAGAUCUUGGAUUAAUAUAUAACAAAGACCAGAUCCAAAAGAGUAUGGAGUUGUACGAGCAGCUGCAACAACGUAUGGGCGUGGCAAUCGUGGGACCGCCCGGUUCGGGGAAAUCGACCAUUAGAAAAUUACUUAAAACUGCGCUGUCACAACAAGGGCAAAGCAUAGCUGAGUACGUGAUAUACCCGAAGGCGAUGAGCCGGCGCUGGCUGCUGGGACACAUCGAACCCGACACCAGGCAGUGGACUGACGGCGUCAUCUCCUCUGUCGCACUGCAGCUUGCCACUCAACCACACGAGGUUUCAUCGUGGGUGGUGUGCGACGGGGAGGUGGAGCCGGAGUGGGUGGAGGCGCUGAACUCUGUGCUGGACGACAACCGGCUGCUGACGCUGCCGUCAGGCGCGCGCGUGCUGCUACCUCACAACGCCCACUUCAUCUUCGAGACGCACUCACUGGACCACGCCUCGCCAGCCACCGUCUCCAGGCUCGGGAUUAUACUACUCAGUGAGGAGUAUAGUUGCGCGGAGGAGGUAUUGGAGAAUUGGAUGCGUAAAGCUGAAUUCGAAUCAGAGUUGGGGAAGUUAGCGCUACCCAUAUUGCACCAAGCAAUUAAGAAAUCCAUCGUCUGGUUCGAGAAACAUAAAUCCGAUGUCACUAUGAAGCUUUACACUGUUACUAUGGUGAAGCAAAUAUUGACUCAAUUCGAACAUGUAAUGGACAACGACGCAACCAACAACGUCGGUAUAUCCCCUGAAGAAUUAGUUUACUUGUCUAUACAACGAAGCGUGUUGGGAGUUAUAAAAGAGAGUGCACUUGACAGCUUUUAUACAGAGAUAUCGUGUUACGUGGGCCCGGCGAUGGGUGGGCGUGGUCCGCGCGGGCAGUGGGCGGAGGCGCUGUAUCUAUCUCCGCGCCUCGCCCACUGCGACCUCGUACUGCGCGCGGCCCUCGCCCAGCGUGCGCACGCGCUGCUCAUAGGACCACACGCCUGCGCUAAGAAUAUUAUGGCCGAAUAUGUUUUGAAGGAAUUUAAUUCGACAGUCAUAACGAUCGAUUGUACACCGAUUUUGGAGCCCGCUGAUGUUAUCGCAGAACUUAGAAGGAGCAACGCUGUGCGGUCGGGCGGGCAGGGUCAAGGUGGGGGCGAGCGGGGCCACGUGACGCUCCUCGUGCGCGGGCUGCACCGCGCGCGUCGCGACUCCUGGGGUUCCUGCGCCCUGCACGCCUUCCUUCUGCAGCUGGUGCAGCAAGGCGGGUUUUGGUCGCAGGAGGAGGGCGGGGCGCAGUGGAGCCGCACCGCGCGCGCGCACCUCGUGGCCACGGCAGACGCCAGCGCCGCCGCCGCACUCUCGUCCCGCCUCGCCGCUCAACUACACACAAUUGUCUUCACUGAACCUGACGAAGAGGAACUCACCGAAUUGGCGACAAAAACCCUAAUGGAGAAUAUACCUAAAGCGAUAUCCGGACAAGAAGUGUCUCAGUUGAUUGAUAACAUGCUGGCAAUGUUUAAGGAGGUAACUGAAACGUUUACUUCUCGGCCACAUUAUAAAUGGAACGCGUCGCAUUUGAAAAAAUGGUGUGAAAGUGUUAAAUGGCACGCCCCGUCCACCCCCGCUGAGUUACAUGGGGCAAUAAAAGCUGAAGCUGACUUGAUAUUUAAAAACAGACUAGUCUCUGAUGAAGAAAAAGCUGAAUAUAAUAAUAUAAUCAAACGAUAUCUAAAGCACAGCGACAAUGAUAAGUAUUUCUUCAAACCACGAGUACGUAGUAACGGUGUGUACCUAGAGGCGGUGGAAUAUGACGUAUGGUACCAGGAUACACAGAAACUUAUAAAUCAAUGCUUGACUGAAAGUGACGAUAAUGUAUUCACUGAAAGUGGAAUCGAAACCUGCGUAGAGCUGGCCACACUGUGCCCCGUUAUAGCUAGAGCUGCAAACGGGGGCGUGGCGGUGUGUGUGGGCGGGGCGGGGUGCGGGCGGGGCGCGGCCGCGGCGCUGGUGGCCGCCGCGCUGCCUGCCGCGCUCUACACCAUACAUCAACAUAAACAAUUCGCUACUACAUUUAAAAACGCUGUAUCAUGUGCGGGUGAGUGCACGCGUACAAUAGUGGUGUUAGAGGAGAGUGCGGUGUGCGGCGACACGCUGGCACACUUGGAGGCGCUGCUGAGCGCGGACUCGCUGCACGCCGUGCCCGCCCACAUCGUGCCCGCCUACAAUCACUCGCAACACACACAACAUCUACUUCACAAUAUAAAACAACAUUUAGCUAUUGUAAUUUUGCUAAAUAAAGACCAAGAGAACUUACCAGAUUUGUUUGAGAAGUAUCCGUUCCUCCACUACGACAGUAACAUUGUGUGGCUGGAACGUUGGUCGGAGGAAACGUUACGGCAAAUGCCCGUAUUAAUAAUACAGAGGUUAUUAAAAGAAAAUAUAUCGGAAGUAACAAAAGAAGAUGUCGACACUAUUCCAAUAGACAGCUUCGUCAAUAUCUACAACAGUAUUGAAGCGGAGUGGCUGCGAACUCCCUCAAGAUAUGUCAACUUUGUCAAAUCAUACUACUUCAUACUCAGUAAGAAGAAGACCCAACUCAUACAGAGGAAAACCAUGCUAACGUGCGGUGUAGAGGCACUGCAAGGUGCGCGGGGCGAGGUGGCGGUGCUGCAGCGGCAGGCGGGCGAGCAGGAGGUGGAGCUGUCGGAGAAGCAGGCGGCCGCCAACCACGCCCUCGACCAGAUCGGCGCCACCGUGCGCGCCACCACUGACAAGAAGGAGGAGAUGCACGCCCUCAAGAAGAACAUUGAGAUUGAGAACGAAAAGCUGCAGAUAAGGAAAAAAGAAAUUGAAGCAGAGUUAGCAUCGGUAGAACCGGUGAUCAAGGCGGCGCGCGCUGCUGUCGGGGAUAUAAGACCGGAGUCGCUCAGCGAGGUGCGGUCACUACGUGCGCCGCCUGACGUGGUACGUGACGUGCUGGAGGGCGUGCUGCGCCUCAUGGGCAUCGCGGACACCUCCUGGCACUCCAUGAAGACAUUCCUCUCGAAGCGGGGCGUCAAGGAGGAUAUAAGAUGUCUGGACGCGAGCCAGGUGAGGCCGGAGGCGGUGCAGUGCGUGCGGGAGCUGGUGUCGCGGCGCGGCGCGUCCUUCGAGCCGGCGGCGGCGCGGCGAGCCAGCGCGGCCUGCGCACCGCUCGCCGCCUGGGUGCGCGCCAACCUGCACUACGCGGAGGCCCUCGCCCGCGUCACGCCCCUCCAGCUGCAGCAGGCCCACCUGCACAAAAAUCUACAGGAGGCGGAGGCGGAGCUGUCGGCGCUGUCGAGCGGGCUGAGCACGGUGGAGGAGCGCGUGUCGGCGCUCAAGGCGCAGCUGGGGCUACACAGCCGCGACGCCGCCGCACUCGAGCUAAAGCUCAGCGAAGCCAAGAAGACGCUGCACAACGCGCAAGACCUGCUGGACCAGUUGGCCAACGAGUACGACGCCUGGGAGCUUGAUCUACAAAAGAUAUCAAAAGAGAUAGUGGAUGUGAGCGUGCGCUCGCUGCUGGCCGCCGCUUACGUAGUCUAUCUGCCGGACUUGACGGAGCCGCAAGCCAGAGAAUAUAUAAGAAAAUGGAGUAAUUUAGUUGGGUUCGAAGACGUAUCGUUCUCUGUGAUCAAUUUCCUGGUAUCGACGGAGAAGCAGCUACGAUGGGAGGCAGAGGGCCUGCCGAUUGAUCAGUCUGCUUUGAAAAAUGCCGUUCUUAUAGACCAGGUGAAUUAA